AUGAAAUAUUAUUACAAUGAUAAUGGCGCCGAAAUGAUAAGAAUCGAUGUUCGAAAAAACGAUCCACUUGUUGAAUGGUACGAAUAUCCUCUUCAUAAAGUUGCGAAGUUACCUAAAGACCCAGAAGAGAGGAAACAAUUAAAAGAACUUUUUUUCGACACUUUUGUUGAGAUGCAAAAACUUGGACGGCCAAAAGUACAGGUUAAGAAAUUAAUGAAAUGCCAAAAGGUAGCUCGGGCGGAAGCUCGGACGGAAGCUCAAAAACUCAAGCGGCCGGAUAAUAGUCCUCAAUGGCGACAACAAUGUGGCAAGGGAAGAAAUCCAUGCGAGCGCAAAACUUGA